CGUUGGAGAAAUGUUGCGUGUAUUUAAGUUCACUCCCCUUCAAAGGACUUCCAAUUUUGCAACGGACUAAAUUUCGAAAUAAUCGCCAGAAAAUUUUCCAUUAGAAACUGAAGGAAAUCGAGAUCAACGAAUUAGUGACUGAGAGAAUAUACAUAUCUGUACUAUCAACAACAUGGCAAUGACAUUUCAAAAUGGUGGUCUUGUUCAUGAUGAGAAUCUCAGUGUUCAGUAUACUAAAGGAUCUGCUGUUACAGGGAAGGCUAAUGCGAUGAAUUCACAAAGAAAAAAUGGUCUCAGUGGGCGAAAGCCCCUUGGCGAUCUAUCAAACUCAAGAAAGCCAGUCAUUAACCAAUCAUCAAAACGGCAGAACACAAAGAAUCUCACGUUUAUUGAUGAAGAAAAUGGUGCAGGCAAAACGAAAAACAUCCCAAAGGGAUCUGAGAAAGUGCAGAAGGGUACUCGAAAAGUGCUUUCCGAUAUUUCAAACUUUGGAAAGAACAUCAAUCACAAUACCAUUUGUGAGGAGCGCUUCCUGCACAACCAUCAAGAUUGUAUUAAAGCACAAAAUUGCUUAGACAAGGAUCAAUUUCUGAGCAUAAUUGGACUUGAUCACUCUAAAGAGUUGAAGAUAGCCACCACAAUAAAGCCUGAUAGCCCAUUGAAGCUCAAGGAAAUGGAGGAAUUUGCAGGAUUUGAUGAAUCUCCAAAGAAGUUGUUUCUCUUUGGAAGAAGAGGAUUUGAAUCAUCACCGCCUUGCAAAUCCCCAGAAUCACCUUCACCUUCAUUAGAUCACUUUUCUUUCUGGGCGGAUAGCAAUAGUAUCGAUUUCACAUUGAUGAAGACCCCAUGAAGCGCACACCUUGGGCUUUGAUUUCAUCUGGAAAGAUUCGGUAGUGGUGGUAUUUUGAUUGAUAUGUAGAUUGUAGGAAGAUUGUAGACUCUAUGGAUGCUAAAACUAGAAAUGUUUUGUUUUUUCGUAGAUUAGAUGCUUCUCAAAGGCUGUUUUAAAUGAAGAAAGAAUGUCGGUGUUUCUUUCCUUUCUUUUUUGUGUUUUGAUUGAGAUGAAGAUUUAUUAUCAUCAUCUCUCUAAGCUUCUUUUUGAAAAGAUGAUUUUCGAAGAUUGUAAUGGAGCAGAUCUUUUGUUUGUUCUGGGCAAUUUCUUUGUAUAUAUUAUUAUCUUCUUAUUUUGGUUUA